CCUAGUCUAACCGGCGGUCACAUCCGGGAAAUGGGCGGCGCUAUUUAGUAGCUCUCCCUCAGCCCGCCGCCUCUCCUCUCUGACAGGAGCUGAACACCACUGGGACAGAAAGAUGUCCACAAACAACUCGUGCUUGAGCAUCGACCUGAACUUCACGCACAAUUUCUUGCCGCCCGUCUUUAUCUGCGUGUUCGUGGUGGGGAUGCUGUCCAACAUGUGGGGGCUGCGGAGCGUGCGGAACAGCUGGACGAACAUCGGAAACAUCAACAUCUUUAUGCUGAACUUGGGGGUGGCAGACCUGCUCUACAUCUUCACGCUGCCCUUCCUCGUGUACUAUUACGCGCACGACAGCCGCUGGCAGUUCGGUCAGCCCUUCUGUAAGCUCACGCGCUUCUGUUUCAAUCUGAACUUGUACGGCAGCAUUGGCUUCCUCACGUGCAUCAGUGUGUACAGGUACCUGGGCAUCGUGCACCCCAUGAGGGUGAUGGGGAGGCUGCGGAGCCGCCACUCCGCAGCCAUAAGCGCGCUGGUCUGGGUCCUGGUCUUUAUCCAGAUCCUGCCCGACAUGUUCUUUGACAAGAAUGACGAGACGUCUCCGUACUCUUGCUUCGAUACCACGUCCACCAACCUAACCAGGGACUACCUGCCGUACAGCGUGGGCUGGGCCGUGACGGGCUUCGUGCUGCCGCUGCUCAUCAUACUGCUGUGCUACGGACACAUCCUGGUGGUCCUCUGCAGGAAGACCACCGUCCACCCGGUCCUGAAGCAGCGCUGCCUCCGACUGGUUCUGGUCCUGCUCGUCCUCUUCUUCGUCUGUUUCACCCCCUACCACGUGUUCCGAAUAGUCAACCUGCAGACCCGGAUCCUGAAACUGUCCGGCAUCUGCCACGAAAGCUUUAAAGACAUUUACGUUGCGCACCAAGUGGGCCGCGGCCUCGCGUGCCUCAACAGCGCCAUCAACCCGCUUAUCUACAUCGUGGGGAACGACGACUUUCUCUUGAGGCUCCAGGUGUUUAGGCAGCGCGCGCGCCGAUCUCUGGCCGGAUUUACAGGCGCGAUGAUUCACCGCAAAUCGGUGGCGGAGCGCGCAGGGUCUCCAGCAGAGAGACAUGUCUGGUCUAACUCACCUGGUCAGCCAACAGGACCUACAGGUGAGAAGCUGGAGUUGUUCUCAUCAUCCGAUCCAUCAUCACACCGCGGAACUCUGAUUCCAAUUCUUAGCAGAUAAGCUCUUCAUGAGUUCUUAACUAUGACAUUUUAAAACAUUUGGGUUUUCCAAAUGGAUCUGUCAGAGAGGAAAAGCCGCGAUGGAAACCAAGAUCUCAUUUUUACAUAAAUAGUAAUCGAGAACUUUUCAUAGAGGUUCUGCUUCCAAUCGUGUUCUGACAGAACCUGAUCCAGACCAACCAAAACCUGGAUGUGGUUUUAUUCUAACUGUGCUCUCAUGGAAGACUUCAUCUUCUGGAGGUCCUGGAUUAAACAGAGGAGGCCUCGUAUAGAAAAUAAGAACCUCAGAAGAAGACCAGCUGCAUUCUUUCCCAGCUGUUUGGACCAAGUUCUGACCUGGAUGGUGCAGAACCUGCAGACCAGAUCACCAUCCACCUCCUCAGUUCCUGUAAGGUGGAGAGGAAAGAAAUGAAGGAAGGGGUGAAGAUGGGGAAGGUGAUGAGGACCUGUUUAAAUGAGAUGUGAGUUUUGUUUUUUUCUUCUGUGCUGUGUAAAAAACUUAGAGUCAAGAUUCUUUUUCAAGAAAAAGAACUUGAUGAAUCAGAGAGCAGAGACAUGAUGAUGCAGGAGUCAUGGAGCCAGUCAGGUCCAGUUCUCCACAGAGGAAACAUCCAUGAGGACACAAAUGUGCAGAAAACUGAUCUCUGUCAGCAGGUGGCUGGAAACCGUCUGAGGGGGUCUGUGUGGAACGAAGAAUACUUCUCUGGUCCAUAUUUAAAGCAUGUGAGGGAUUUUCAUGUCAGUGCUGCUGACAGUCGGUGUUUUCUGUUUUUUAAUUUGUUUUUGUUAAAGUGCUUUAUAAAUAAAGUUGGCUUUGCUAAAAUACAGAACUGAU